AUGGCUGAUUUGGACGAUUUCUUCGCGAAAAAGGACCGGAAAAAAGCGAAGGGGAAGAAGUUCACGACCACGGAGGAGAUAGCGAAGAAAUUGGAAGAGACGGGCAAACGUUUGGGGAAGAAAUCGAAAGACAAACCAGUGAAUCCGGAGGGCGAGGAGACUCAACAAACCGAGGUGAACAUUCCUCCACCGCCGCCGCCACCUGUUACUUCAGGAAGUAGUUAUAAGCCUCCACACUUAAGAAAUAUCCAAACGGUAGCUGCUAGUCCUAGACAACGAGCAAAAAAUGUUGCGCCGGACAUACACAGUGAGGAAUACUUCCCAACACUGAACUCCAAGCAGCAGCAAAGCAACGAACCAAGCGGACCAUGGGGCAGACGGAAACGAGACGAAGGUACGUUCGAAGAAGUACGUAACCGAGGUGGAAGUAGAUCGUAUAGCGUGCAGGAUGCGCAAGCCCAAGCACCGAAGCUGUCCCUCGGCAACAAAUACGGUGCCCUGUCGCAAGAUCAAAGCUGA